AUGUAUACAAGUCACGAAGACAUCGGGUACGACUUUGAAGAUGACCCCAAGGACAAAAAGGCGCUGAAAGCCCACCCCGACAUCGAUGGCGGCUGGGCCUGGAUGAUGGUCCUCGCCUCCUUCUUCGUGCACAUCCUGGUCAUGGGCUCCCAGAUGGCGCUGGGCGUCCUCAACAUGGAGUGGCUGGAGGAGUUCCACCAGAGCCGCGGCCUCACGGCCUGGGUGAGCUCCCUCAGCAUGGGCAUCACCCUCAUCGUGGGACCUUUCAUUGGCUUAUUCAUCAGCACCUGUGGCUGCCGACGCACGGCCAUCGUCGGGGGCCUGGUGCAUGCCCUGGGCUGGGUGCUGAGUGCCUCCGCGGCCAACGUGCAUUAUCUCUUCGUGACUUUUGGAGUGGCAGCAGGCCUGGGCAGCGGCAUGGUCUACCUGCCCGCCGUGGUCAUGGUGGGCCGCUACUUCCAGAAGCGCCGUGCCCUGGCCCAGGGCCUCAGCACCACCGGGACGGGCUUUGGGACCUUCCUGAUGACGGUUCUGCUCAAGUACCUGUGCGCUGAGUAUGGCUGGCGCAAUGCCAUGUUCAUCCAGGGGGCCGUCUCCCUCAACCUGUGUGUCUGCGGAGCGCUCAUGAGGCCGCUGGCGGCUGGCAGAGGGGGAGAUGCUCCCCGAGGCAGGGAGGUGUCAGGGCACCCAGCCGUGCCCCCAGAAUCGGUCCCCACCCUCCGUGGGCCUCCGGCUGGAGCGGCUGAGAAGGAGGACGGGGAGGCCCCGAGGGUGGAGGAGGCCCCUGCAGACCAGGAGCCAGCCAGGCCCCAAAAGAACAGCUGGGCCUUGCGAGCGCUGAAGAGCCUGAGCCAGCUGCCCCUGCGGGUCCGGGGGGGCUUCCGGGACUGGCACGCGGGCUACUUCGGCACCGCCUCGCUCUUCACCAACCGCGUGUUCGUGGCCUUCGUCUUCUGGGCACUGUUCGCCUACUGCAGCUUCGUCAUCCCCUUCAUCCACCUGCCCGAGAUCGUCAACCUGUACCACCUGUCGGAGCAGAACGACGCCUUCCCGCUGACGUCCAUCAUCGCCAUCGUCCACAUCUUCGGCAAGGUCCUCCUGGGCCUCGUGGCCGACCUGCCCUCCAUCAGCACCUGGAACGUCUUCCUGCUGGCCAACCUCACCUUGGCGCUCAGCAUCUUCCUGCUGCCGCUCAUGCACACCUACGCCGGCCUGGCCGUGGUCUGCGCGCUCAUCGGCUUCGCCAGCGGCUACUUCUCCCUCAUGCCCGUGGUCACCGAGGACUUGGUGGGCACCGAGAACCUGGCCAACGCUUACGGCAUCAUCAUCUGCGCCAACGGCAUCUCGGCCUUGCUGGGGCCACCCUUCGCAGGGUGGAUCUAUGACAUCACACAGAAGUACGACUUCUCCUUCUACAUAUGCGGCUUACUGUACCUGAUAGGAAUACUCUUCCUACUCAUUCAGCCAUGUAUUCAAUUUGUCCGACAAUCCAGAAAAAAGUACACGGAAGGGGUCCGCGUCUAGCGCAGCAUUCCACCUUGUCUACGUGUUGGGCAUUUCUGAAAGGAAAUAAGAAAACGGCCUCAGGAGAGGAAACUCUGGGACAUCUGGCUUCUUCCCUGUGGCCGUGAUACUGUUCCGAUUUAAGACUUGUAUCCAGAAUGAUUUCCAACACAGGUUCCGGAGUCUCCUUCCUGGCUUUAAACCAUGGGGGUGAGGGGUGGAGGAAAACCCGUGGUGGUGAGGAGCUGACUCUGCCUUUGAGAGAAGCUUGUCUAGCAGCUGAUUUUCUGGUGCCCUGAGACCAGAGACCCGCUCUCAACAAAACUAAGAGUCAAACCUUCCAAUCCAGUUCAAAUACUGGUCCUGACUCGCUGGCGUAUUUCCUUUGU